AUGUCCACCAAGGAGAGAAAACCGCACCAUAUCGAGAUCUUGGAAGAUGGCAACCAUCGCCACCUCAUCGAACCUGAGAAGCCCGCGGGUCUCUUCGAGAAGCUGUGCAACACAUUCACGCAUCACACCCCUCGACAAACUCCAAGCGAUCCCGUGAUCCAACGUUCCGAAACCUCUGAAGGGAAUGACAACCCGGAACCAUUCUCCCACCGAUACGGGAAAUGCAUCAAGAUCCUGCACUACGGGUCGUCAACGUUCGUAGGCCUCUACGCCAAGAAAGCAUCGAAGCACUCGGGGAAAGAGCAACUGUACGCUGUCAAAGUCCGUCAUCGCUCCCCUGGAAGACUCCUGGACGAGUACCGUCGCGCAGCGAUGGGGAUCUCCUCGUCCGUCGUGCAUCCAAACAUUGUGCGCACCCUCGAACAUUGCCAGAAUGACAAGGGGGAUCUGCACUCCGUCAUGGAGUACUGCGGCGGCGGCAGUCUGCAGACCCUCCUUCUACGAGCGGGAAAGCUUUCUGCUGUGGAAGCGGAUUGCUUCUUCAAGCAGCUCCUGCGCGCAGUUUUCUUUCUUCAUGACGAAGGCAUCGUGCACCGACGGUUGCGGGCGGAGAAUGUACUGCUCACUGUCAAUGGGGCAGUGAAGGUGGCACAUUUUGACAGUGCCGAGUGGUUGCCCAAGGACUCGCGACCGUUGCAAAAAGCGCAACCCCCGCUGGAGCAGAUCCCCUACACCGCGCCGGAGGUGCUGCGUGGCCGCGAGCACGACCCCCGGGCCACCGAUGUUUGGGCUGUGGGGUUGAUCUAUGCGUUUAUGCGGUUGGGCAUGCUUCUGUGGAAGGCUGCUAGCGAGGAGGAUCGGAAUUAUCAGUGGUAUGUGCGGACACGGGAGGAUGUGGAAGGGUUCACUACGAUUGAGGAGUUUGGCAGUGAACGCUGCUGCAAUGUGAUCUAUGCUAUGCUUGAUCCCAAGCCUGACCGCCGGAUCACAGCAUACGAGGCUCUUCAUUCGGAAUGGAUCCAUGAGGUUGUCGUUUGCGCUGCGGGGGAGGCGGGAGAGUGA